AUGUCUAAAUUGAGGGAAAACAUAGUGAUUUUAGGAACCAGAGAGGCAUUCCUAAAAGUAGUGAGCGGCUACAAAGGUAGGAACUUCAGGAAACUCCUUGAAGUCACCUUUAGAGGUAUGGAUCUUCACCUCGUGCUGGAGGAGUAUGAACAAGAAGAAAAUAGGGCUGGGAUGCAGAAGGUGAACGUGAAAGAAGGCGGAAAAUCUUACGCUGAGUUGCUGAAAGAAAUAAAGAGUAGCGUAGACACGAAGAAGGAGGGCAUUAGUGCCAAAAGCGCUAAAAAGACCAGGGGCGGAGACUUCAUCCUUGAAGUAGCAGGGAAAGAACAGGCUGAGUGCCUGAAGAAGACUAUUGUGGCCCUUACGGAGUGA